UUGGUGUUCCCAAAUGGUCUGUCCAGUGAAUACUCUCUAGUUAUCACCUUCCGGCUGAGGAAAACCACAAAGAAAGACCGCUGGUAUCUGUGGCAGAUAUUCGACCAGACGGGAGGUACCCAGGUAGGUCAGAGUCCACUAAAAUUAUAUUGAUGAUGUCUGGAUGUAUAGGAUUGAAGUGGGUUUGCAUGUAUAUUGACUGGUUGGUUGAUUUAUUGAUUGGUUGAUUGACUGAUCAGUCGAUCGCUCACUCACUCUGCCAGUUGGCUGGCAGGUCGGUCAGUCCAUCGGCUGGUUCGCUGGUAGGUCGGUCGGUCGGUCGGUCGGUUGGCUGGCUGGUAGGUCGGUUGGCCGGUAGGUCGGUCAAGUCGGUUGGCCGGUUUGUUGGUAGGUCGGUCUGUCGGUUGGUUGACCAUUGGUUAAUUUAUCAAAGUUUUCAUGCCAUGACUGAUGCUUGUAUCUACCAUGACCCAGAUGGUAAUGGUAAUGAAUGGAAGGUAACACUUUACCGGCAGGUAUAAAGCUUUGUAACAUGUUAUGAGCUGAUAUAAUGUCUUACAAUCUCCUCCGGCUCUACCUUCAGGUGUCCGUAGUGUUGGACGGUGCUAAACGAGAAGUGGAGUUCUCAGCCCGGGGCCUUCUGAAGAACAGCCUCCACUACACCUUUAAGAGCCGAGACCUGCACACACUGUUUGACCGCCAGUGGCACAAGCUGGGUGUGGCGGUCCAGAGCAGCAUCGUCUCCAUCUACAUGGACUGUAAACUAAUAGAGAGGAGGCUGACAGACGAGAAGGAUGAAAUUGACCCCAUCGGAUAUACGCUAAUUACGACCCGGGUGGAGGAUGGACGGCCUGUAGAUGUACGUUUAGGUCUAAAGACACAAUCUGGAAAUAUAACCAUUCUGAAAUGCAUAGACGGAGCAAUGGAUAAAAUGACUGACAGUCCAUGAGAUCGACAUGAUAGUUUUAAACAGUAAUUAGAAGCUAUAUAUAGUUGCCUUCAAGGGCAAUAUCUAGAAGGGUCCCAGCAAACUGGGAACAUUCCCAGAACAUUAACUAAGAUUCCCAUUAAGUUCUAGUUAGGGUUUUAUCUAAAAUUAGGAUGAUAAGAUCCCUUUUGAUUACAAACAUUUUUAUUUAAAAAAAAGAUGUAUCCUAACAUUCACUAAAAUGUUGUGCACAACAUAUGUAACAACCAUCACAGAACAUUACCCAAAAGUUCUCAUUAGGUUCCGGGUAAUGUAAUAACACAAUGUACCAGUAAUGUUUUCCCAGCAAACCAGAAUUGGUUCUGUGAAAGUUCCCAGAACAUUCGUUAGGUCGUGGCAAAUGUUCUCAUAACACAAAAACUGUCCAUUCGUGGUGAUGAUUAGAGAAUGUUUGUAUAAAACAUUUGCCUGAUGUUGCAAGAACUUUCCUAUAACACAUUUAAUCUAUUCGUUAAAGGUUCCCAGAAAGUUUCAUUAGGUUGUGGGAACGGUCUGGUGGGAAUAUUGUGGGGACAUCACAAAAGAUAUGUUCCCAAAACACAAAAACUGUCCAGUUGUGCGGAUGAUUCUACAAUGUUUAUUUUAGAGUGCAAAACACCUUCAUCUGAUGUAACAAGGAUGUUCCCAGGUGGUAAGGGUAGGCAACAACACAUCUGCCACGCUGAUCCUCAACACGGGGGCCCCUCAGGGGUGCGUGCUUAGUCACCUCCUGUACUCCCUGUUCACCAACAACUGCGUGGCCAAAAUUCACCCAAUUUAUUGUGGGAAGCUUGUGGAAGGCUACCCGAAAUGUUUGACCCAAGUUAAACAAUUUAAAGGCAAUGCUACCAAAUACUAAUUGAGUGUAUGUAAACUUCUGACCCACUGGGAAUGUGAUGAAAGAAAUAAAACCUGAAAUAAAUCAUUCUCUCUACUAUUAUUCUGACAUUUCACAUUCUUAAAAUAAAGUAGUGAUCCUAACUGACGUAAAACAGGGCAUUUUUACUAGGAUUAAAUGUCUGGAAUUGUGAAAAACUGAGUUUAAAUGUAUUUGGCUAAGGUAUGUAAACUUCCGACUUCAACUGUAGCCUCUGUAUUGUAUUUUAUUGUGUCAUGUUUUUUUUAGUUUUUUUUAAACUUUAGUUUAUUUAGUAAUUUAUUUUCUCAACAAUGUUUCUUGAACUGCGUUGUUGAUUAAGGGUUUGUAAGUAUUAGGCCUGAUCACGACAACGAUGAGUCAGCCUAUAGGGAGGAGGUCAGAGACCUGGCAGUAUGAUGCCAGGAAAACAACCUCUCCCUCAACGUGAGCAAGACAAAAGAGCUGAUCGUGGACUACAGGAAAAGGAGGGCAGAGUAUGCCCCAUUCACAUCGAUGGGACUGUAGUGGAGGGGGCCGAGAGCUUCAAGUUCCUUGGUGUCCACAUCACCAACAAACUAUCAUGGUCCAAACACACCAAGACAUUUGUGAAGAGGGCACAACAACUCCUAUUCCCCCUCAGGAGACUGAAAAGAUUUGGCAUCGUUCCUCUCUCUGUCAUAUACUGUUCUCACUGCUACCGCACGGCAAACGGUACAGGAGCACCAAGUCUAGGUCCAAAAGGCUCCUUAACAGCUUCUACCACCAUGCCCUUUUUAUUGUGUUGCUUUUUUCUUACUUUAUUUGAUUUGAUUUCUUACAGUUUUUUGGGGGGAGGGGGGGGGGGGGAAUCUGCAUUGUUGGUUAAGGGCUUGUAAGUAAGCAUUUCACAGUAAGGGCUACACCUGUUGUAUUCGGCGCAACUGACAAAUAACAUUUGAUUUGAUAACUGAAUGUCAGCACAACUGGACAGUUUUUGUGUUUUGGGAACAUAUCUCUUGUCAUGUCCACACAAUGUUACCACAACCUAAUGAAAUAUUCUGGGAACCUUUAUAGAACAGACGAAAUGUGUUCUGGGAACGUACUUGUAAUAUCUCAUGUUUUUUUGCACCCUAAAAGAAACAUUCUAGAAUCAUCUGCACAACUGGACAGUUUUUGUGUUUUGGGAACAUAUCUUUUAUGAUGUCCCCAUAAAGUUCUCACCAGACUGUUCCCAUAACCUAAUGAAACAUUCUGGGAACCUUUUAAGAACAGUUAUUGGACGUUAUUGAAACAUCAGGCGAAUGUUUUAUACAAACUAUCUAAAAUCAUCACCACGACUGGACAGUUUUUGUGUUAUUAGAACAUUUUCCGCAACCUAACGAAUGUUCUGGGAACUUUCACAGAACCAAUUUUGGUUGGCUGGGGUUGCUUAGUAUCAGUCAAAACAACAGGUUCGAUUUUUCAAAAUAUAUACAGUAUAGUUAGCAUUUUUUUAAAGUUUGUUUUUCUCUAUAUCUGAAUCAUAAUGUCCCUAACAGAGGUCUUUCUCUCCAGAUCGAACUACAACAAAUCCUGAUCUACUGUGACCCAUACCUGGCUGAGAUGGAGAACUGCUGUGAGCGGGCAGGAUCC